AUGGACCCCUCGCCCAGCACUUCGCUUCACUUCAAAGCACCGGCAUCUGACUGGUCGCAAAGUCUCCCAAUUGGCAACGGACGGCUUGGGGCCAUGGUAUAUGGCCGCACGACGACAGAACUAUUGCAAUUGAACGAGAAUUCGGUGUGGUAUGGAGGUUGUCAAGAUCGAACGCCACGCGACUCGUUGAAGAAUCUUCCUCGGCUCAGAGGCCUGAUUCGGGCCAGCGAUCAUUCCGGCGCGGAAGACCUCAUCCGGAAGGCUUUCUUCGCGACACCUCACAGUCAACGACAUUACGAGCCUCUCGGCACGCUCACUUUGGAGUUUGGCCAUGAAGAGGUGGAUGUGCAGAGCUAUCGCAGAGGCUUGGACCUCCGGACGGCCGUGACGAGUGUCAGGUAUGAGCAUUGCGGCAUCAAAUACAAGCGGGAGGUCUUCGCCAGCCACCCCGAUAAUGUCUUGGUCAUACAGCUCGAGUCUUCGGAGGAGACUACGCUUACUCUUCGAAUGACCCGGGUCAGCGAGGUAGAAUGGGAGACCAAUGAGUUUGUUGACUCCGUUGCAACGACUGAAGAUAGCAUUAUCAUGCAUGCCACACCAGGAGGUCUGGGCAGCAACCGAUUGUGUUGCGUGGCAAAAGUCCAGUGUCAAGAUGGUGGUGUAGUCGAAGCCAUUGGGGGUUGUCUUGUGGUGACUUCAAGGAAGACCACGAUCGUUAUCUCAGCUCAAACUACAUUCAGACAUGAAGACGCUGAGUCUGCUGCGUUGGCUGAUGUACGGCUGGCUUUGGAACAAGAUGAUCUUCGAGAUAGGCAUGUGAAGGACUAUCAAACAUUAUUCCAACGCAUGCAGUUAUGUUUAUAUCCCGAUAAUUGUGGGUUAUCGACAGAUGAAACCCUUCUCGGGAUACCAGAUCCAGGCCUGGCUGCUCUCUACCACAAUUAUGGCCGGUAUCUCCUGAUUUCCUGUAGUCGACCCGGAUUCAAAGCUCUACCAGCUACUCUCCAGGGACUUUGGAAUUCAUCCUUUCAGCCAGCCUGGGGGAGCAAGUACACCAUAAACAUCAACACUCAGAUGAAUUACUGGCCCGCGAAUGCCUGCAAUUUGGCUGAGUGCGAGCAGCCUCUCUUCAAUUUGCUUGAAAGAAUGGCAGAACGAGGCAAGAAGACUGCUGAAGCCAUGUAUGGAUGUCGGGGAUGGGCAGCUCAUCACAAUACUGACAUCUGGGCGGAUACAGACCCUCAGGAUAGAUGGUUGCCUGCAACUGUCUGGCCACUUGGUGGUGCCUGGCUAUGCUACCACAUCUGGGAAAGCUACCAUUUCAACGGGGAUAAGGAGUUUCUUAGAAGAAUGUUUUCUGUCUUGAAAGGCUGUGUCGAAUUCCUUCUCGAUUUCUUGAUUGAAGAUUCCACUGGACAAUACCUGGUAACCAACCCAUCUUUAUCACCUGAGAAUACUUUCCUAGACGAGAAUAAAGCCAAAGGCGUCCUUUGCGAAGGUUCGACCAUCGACAUCCAGAUCAUUGACGCUGUCUUCAGUGUUUUCAUCAGAAAUUGCACCGAACUCGAUGUAAACGAUGAGUUGCUUCCAGCAGUUGAGAAAUCCAGGAAACGUCUUCCGCCAAUGGCCACUGGCUCCUUUGGUCAACUUCAAGAGUGGGGAAAAGAUUAUACCGAAUUUGAGCCUGGCCAUCGCCACACUUCUCAUCUUUGGGGUCUGCAUCCAGGAAACAGCAUCACAAAGAGCAAGACUCCUGAUCUGGCAGCCGCAAGUGCAGUAGUGCUCCGUAGGAGAGCAGAGCAUGGGGGCGGGCAUACUGGGUGGAGUCGUGCAUGGCUCAUCAAUCUGCAUGCGCGACUUGGAGACUCGGAAGGUUGCCUCGAGCACAUAAAUCGGCUUCUCAAAGACUCCACCCUUCCCAAUAUGCUGGACACUCAUCCCCCUUUCCAGAUUGAUGGGAAUUUUGGUGGCUGUGCGGGUAUUAUCGAGAUGUUGAUUCAGUCACAUGAUGGUUUCAUUGAACUCUUGCCUGCUUGCCCGAAGUCUUGGAGUAAAGGGUUGUUGAAAGGAGUUCGUGCAAGGGGUGGAUUCGAAGUUGAUUUUGAGUGGGAAGAUGGUGUAAUCAAGGAGCCGGUCAUCGUUCACUCACAUUUUGGACAUGCGGGUAAGGUCUUGUUUCGUUGGGCCACAGAGCCAGUGGAGUUCGAAGGGAAAGGAGUGCAUCGCAUUGUUAGUAAAUAG